AGAUGGCGGCGCCCAGCACCCACCUGAGCUGUGAGGAUUUCGCCGAGUUCCAGGAGCUGCUCAGGGUGAUGAGAACGAUUGAUGACAGAAUAGUUCACGAGUUAAACACGACCGUUCCAACCGCUUCUUUUGCGGGAACAGUUGACGCUAGCCAAACUUGUAAGGAACUUUACCAGUCUUUGGCAGAGGCUCACACGAGUAGAGAAAGACUCAUCAAGAAUUGCAUUGCUCAAACUUCUAGCAUAGUAAAAUCUCUCCAGGAAGAGAGGAAGUCGUCUCUGGAGGACAUAGCCUUAUUAAAGAAGCUCAGGAAAGAGCAGACAAAAUUGAAAUUAAUGCAGUCAGAGCUGAACGUUGAAGAAGUGGUAAAUGACAGAAGCUGGAAGGUAUUUAAUGAACGCUGCCGAGCUCAUUAUAAGCCUCCGAAGGGUCAAUGAAGCAAGUAGGGA